CUGACCACUCCCACCGGGGCGGCGUUGAUCGCUACGCUGGCCCAGUUCCGCCAGCCGGCCAUGGCCCUGGACCGGAUUGGCGUGGGCAUCGGCGGCAAGGAUCCGGCCGCGUUUCCCAACGUGGUACGGUUGUGGCUGGGAGACACCGCGGGCGCUGACCUGCGACCCGAACCGGGUGGCGAUGGACAACCUCCCCUGGCCCGGUGGCAGGACAACGUCAUUCUGCUGGAGACCAACCUGGACGAUGCCACCGGUGAGCAGAUCGGUUUUGCCAUGGAGCAGCUGUUUGAGGCGGGUGCACUGGACGUUUGGUACACGCCCAUCCAGAUGAAAAAGAACCGCCCUGGCGUGGUGCUAUCGGCGAUGGCUCCGGCAUCGUUGGAAUCACGGAUGUCCGAGAUAUUUUUGCGGGACACGCCGACCCUGGGGGUACGGAUACGGGCGGUGGGUCGCUACGUGGCGGAACGGGACGUGGUGACGGUCGAAACGCGGUUCGGCAAGAUACGGGUCAAGCGCAAAUGGCUGGGCGGCGAACUGGUCAGCCAGUCACCGGAGUACGACGACGUGGCGCGGGCCGCGCGGGAGUGGGGCGUGAGCUGGGGGGACGUGGUGGGGGCGAUGGGUGAAGGCGAGUGA